CGACGGGCUACAAUACAACAAUAACCUCAAUGUUUCGUAUACCUCUCUUCUUCUCAUGGCAUUGGAAUAGGAUUGCCAAGUUUUUAUCUGUGCCUUCAAAAUUUCAAAGUCUGUGCUGUGAAGUUUCUAGUUAAAUAUUCAGAAAGAAAAUGGCGCCACGAAAAGGAAAGGUACAGAAAGAAGAACCAGUAAUCCAACUGGGACCACAAGUCCAAGAAGGUGAACUAGUCUACGGUGUAGCACAUAUUUUUGCUAGUUUCAACGAUACAUUUGUGCAUGUUACGGAUUUAUCUGGAAGGGAAACUAUUGCCCGAGUAACUGGUGGUAUGAAAGUGAAGGCGGACAGAGACGAAGCUUCUCCUUAUGCUGCUAUGUUGGCUGCUCAGGAUGUUGCAGAAAAAUGCAAAACAUUAGGAAUUACUGCUUUACAUAUUAAGUUGAGAGCUACUGGAGGAAACAAAACGAAAACUCCAGGUCCAGGAGCACAAUCUGCAUUGCGUGCUUUGGCUCGUUCAAGUAUGAAAAUUGGCAGAAUCGAAGAUGUCACACCAAUUCCUUCUGAUUCUACACGCAGGAAGGGUGGUCGCAGGGGUAGACGUUUGUAGUUCGCCCAAUAUUGUUUUUUUUGUACUACACCUUGUAUAACACGAAUAAUAUAAAUUGGGUUUUACUUUAAA